AAAAUAUUAAACAAAAAGUUGGGAAAAAGGAGUGUUUGACCACAAUUAUGCUACACUGAGUAGACACACACACACACACACCCCAACCACACACACAUAGCAUUCGCAGUCAGUGGCAGCCGUUGUGAUUCGUAAUAGAUAAAAGCAUUUGUUGCCGAUAAGAGAGCCUCCCCAAUUAGGUGCCAAAGAGCGACACGGUGUACAAAUAUGCUGUCUUACAUCAAACGCAAGCUCUCCGAGUCCGACAGCGGUUCUAGCGUCGUACCCGUGACGUCCUCGUGUGGCGGAGGCGUCAGCAGUAGCAGCAGCAGCAGCACUACCAACAGCAGCAACAGCUCUAGCGGCCGCACAUCAGCGGACGAUUUAGUGCGCAAAACAAGUCAGAUGUCGAUGGAUAAUGAAGCGAUUGCCUACGGCGAGGACGCACUGCUGCAAGAGCUUGGCUACAAGAACGCCACUGACCUGCAAGAGACCAUCUACGACUUGUUGCGCGGCAUACGCGAUCCCGAGAAGCCCUGCACUCUGGAGGAUCUGAAUGUGAUCUACGAGGACGGUAUAUUCGUCCUGCCCCCCACACGCUCGAAUGUAUCUGUUGUACGCAUCGAAUUCAACCCGACGGUGCCGCACUGCUCCCUGGCUACGCUGAUAGGGCUCUGCAUACGCGUGAAGGUGGAGCGUGGUCUGCCGCACAACAUUAAACUGGACAUUUACAUCAAAAAAGGAGCUCAUCAAACGGAAGACGAAAUCAACAAGCAAAUCAAUGACAAGGAGCGCAUUGCUGCGGCCAUGGAGAACACCAAUCUUCGCCAACUGGUCGAAAACUGCAUCAAGGAUGAGGAGUAGCUCGUCGUCGCGACGUACUUUUUAAAUACCCAUUUUCGUAGGAAGACUUUUGUGUUUAGGGUUAAGUCUAGUAAUAAGGUGCCUCUUGGACUGUGUGCAUAGCAUUAAAGCCCCAUAGAUCUGUUAAUCAGCGUAAA